AUGUUUCAUGAAACAUUGAUUUUGAAAGAUGUACUGGAAUCCGUCUCGCAGCUGAACGUGUCAGAAAACGUAAACAAACACCGCAAAAGAGGAUUCUGUGGAGGAGUUCCUGGCAAAAUGCAGAGUGCUUGUCGUCUGUGUCUGGCCAAGGAUUGUAAGAUAAAGUCCAUCUUUGAGUAUGAGGAUCAGAAAAGUCGCCACAAUGAGUUGCAAGAGUUGAUAAAGGAGGCGACAGGAAUUGAAAUCAGCCAGGACGAUAUGGUGAUGGGACUUUGUGGAAUCUGCGCCGGAAUGAUCGUGACAGUGGUGAAAUUCAAGAGGAAAUGCCUGAGAAUCAACGGUUUCAUGAGGAAUAUGAAGAGGAGUCUUGAGGAGGUCAAGAGUACUUCCUGGACAAUUCCUGUCCAUGUGGAGCUGACUGUGAAUGAGGAGAGAGUGGAAGGGGCCAAAGAAUGCAGCCAAGAGACUCCAAGCAGCGCCCAAAUGGCUGGAAAUGGAGAAACUUCAAUUCCUGAGUGUGGGAAGAAGACCAGGAAGUUCUACUCUCGCAAAGGAAUUCCCACCAACGAUCCAGGGCUUUGUGACAUUUGUGGUGGACAUUUCAGCUACCUCAGGUCGCAUAAACUCAUCCAUCAGGAGUACUUGAAGUACUCUUGUGAGGCUUGUGGCAAGAGAUUUCGCAACAUCAGCAAUUUUCGGCUGCACAAACUGCGCCACAAGGAGCCCAGAUUCUCCUGCCACGCGUGCGGUCGCGGGUUCUACACGAAGCCAAAGCUGGAGUCCCACUUGAGGAUCCACUCGGACGAGCGCCCGUUCGCCUGCCAGAUUUGCAGCAAGAGAUUCCGGGAGAAGAAACACCUCGCCGUUCACUUUCGCAUCCACACUGGCGAGAAGCCCUUCGCCUGUGCCAUCUGCGAGGCCAGAUUCACCACGAGCGCCGGAGUGGCGCAGCACAAGAAGCACAAUCACAGGUAAUUGAAGUGAUACAC